GCCAGCGCUGUCGUCGCCGUGUGUCAAAACAAAAUCGUCAGUUUUCUCGAGAGUGAAUUGUGAAAAUUGCGCAAAAAAGCCCCGCAUUGCCAAUAUCCGCCACAAUGGCUGGUGAAAAUAUAUCGCGACUGCUCUCGCUGGCCAGGAAGUUCAACAUCUUCUAUCUGGAAGGCUUGCCCCAGCGCAACUGCCGCCCCUUCGUGGUGGACGGGCGGCAGGUGGGUCUGGUGCGACAGGACGUGGUGAAGCAGCUGGCCAGAUACCCCAACGUCUUCAGCAUCCGGCAGCUCGAGGCGGAGGAGUACGCCGGCUAUGUGGAACUUAACCCCGCCUUCCGGGACUACACAGAGCGCUCGCGGCACGUGGACCGGGUGCUGCGGGAGCUGCGCGAGAUGGACGUGUUCGUGGCCCUCAAGGGCUGGCGCGAUGAGUUCUACGAGGUGAAGGCGAAGCACUUGGCGCUCCUCAAGAUGGACCGCUCGGCCACAUGCCUGUUCGGCGUGAGGAACUACGGCGUGGACAUCAAUGGCUACGUGAAGCACCCCAGCCGGGGGCUCUGCAUAUGGCUGCAGCAGCGCUCGGACACCAAACAGACGUGGCCAGGCAAGUGGGACAACAUGGUGGGCGGCGGCCUGUCCGUGGGCUACGGGAUUAAGGAGACGGCCGUGAAGGAGGCGGCCGAGGAGGCCUCCAUUCCGGAGCACCUCACGCGGAAUCUCGUGUCCGCCGGCUGCGUGAGCUUCUUCUUCGAGAGCGAGCGCGGCCUGUUUCCCAACACGGAGUUUGUGUUUGAUCUCGAGCUGCCCGCGGACUUUGUGCCCAGCAACUCGGAUGGCGAGGUGCAGGCGUUCGAGCUGCUGCCGGCCAAGGAGUGCUACGAGCGCCUCUUCUCGCCGGACUUCAAGACAACGAGCUGCCCGGUGGUGAUUGACUUCCUCAUCAGGCACGGCGUGAUCACGCCGGAGAAUGAGCCAAAUUUCACCCAAGUUGUGGAAUUGCUUCACGUUCCCCUUCAGACUCUGUAUGAGUUUGACGUGACCCGAAUCACGGAUAAUCACGAGAAUGGCCAACGAAAUCUCCCAACAGCUUAAAGAACAGCAGCUGCAGCAGCGUUGAAGAAAAGAAAAAGUGUGUGGAGAUGAAUAAGAAAUCCAAUUUUAUACCAUUUAAGAGAAACACAAAAACACACACAUUUUUUAGCAAUUUCAUACUAGAAGAGAAGAGAAUGAUGACGACAUAUUUCCAUGCUUUUUCCUCCUUCAAAAUGUAGUCAAGAAGCAAAGAGAGACAAGAAGAAGAAAAAAAAAGAAUAUUUAUCCAAAAUUUUGAUAUAAUCAGAAAGAAUAGAAAGAGAAGAAGAAGAGAAAAAGGGGAGAAAUUUGGAAAAUGGAGAAAUGAAUUUGAAAAGAGGUUUUUUUCGCUUUGAACAAUGUAAAUUGUAAAAUCUCUUGUUUUUCUAUAUUUAUUUGUUUUCUGUGCUCCUCCUGAGGAAGAUUUAAGAAAGGAAAAAAAAGUGUUUACGAGAGGAGGAAUUUAUGACGUGAUUUUUUUUUAUAAUUUAUGUGUAUUAAGACAAGAAAUGAUGAACAAAACUGAGUCAAGAAUGAAAAAUUCCAUGUCUUUCGUUUAGUUAGGACGUAAAAUAAUAAUUAAUAUCUAUCGAUGAUACAAAACACGUGACGAUUAUUAUUUCUUUUUUUGUUUUGGUAAAGAAUAAGAGUAUUAAGGAAGGGAUGAGAAUGAAAAAUCAGAUGAUAAAAUGUACUUAAAAGAAGAAAAAAAACAUAUAAAGAAAUUCGUUGCAAUCUUUAUCAAUGCAUUAAAACUCUAUGUAUAAUUAUAGUUGAGAAACGAAGGUGAAGAGAAAAACUGAAGACAUUUUUUCCAUAAAAACUAGCUGUACUUGAAUCUCUUCUCCAAGAGAUUUUAAUUAAUCCAGAGAUUUCAGUAAGAAGAAAAGAAAAAAACAUAACAAAUCUAAUUAGAAAUGUUUUCUUUCGAUGACGCGCACACAACUUUUUCCACCUUAUCAGCAAUAUUAUUAUUGUUUUUAAUCUCUCGCUGUACGAUUUUUGAAAAUGAUAUAAAACAAGAUAAACUUUCUUUCUGCUCAUGUAAAUUUUACUUUUACUAUAAAUAUACAUAAACGAGUGUUUAUAAUACAUAAAGCGUUGUGUACCAAAAAAAAAAUAAGAGAAAGAACAGAGAAAAUAUUUAAUAUUCCUACCUAAAUCGCCUCAUUCAUUGUUCUUUAUGGAUGUCAACGUCGUUAUUUUGGUUUUUAAUUACAGUUCCAUAUUUUUUUUUUUGAUCUUAUCGAUGUAUAUUUUCCCCCCUCGUGAUUUUAUGCCACAUUUUGCUUCUCCAUGUUAUUUAGUUUUCCUUUUACAGACCCAGAAAGCCCUUUUAUUUUCUAUAACACUUUUUU